AUGCCCAACAGCUCUCUUCCCAAUCGCGUCGUCCAUCCUCCGACCGUUUCGAACCGCCGCGACCCUCAGCCCGAGUACACUGUCCUGGUGGAGAACCUUGACCCGUUCUCCUUCCCUGACCCCGAAACUAUCACUGCAAUCUUCAGCAACACAUUUGGCCCAAUUAGUCGGGUUAUCAAGAUCUCUGACAUGUCCGCUCUGAUCCAGUUCGACCAUAACAUCUCCGCACACGCGCUUGCCAAUGCCAACGGCCUCCAGCUGGGAGACCGCACCCUCAAGACCCACGUUCUCAAAAAUGGUCAGGUUUCGGGCCCCAGCUUUGACCCCUUCGCCGACAAUUUCGGCAACCACUGGCUGGAUGAGGUGCUCAAGCAGUCCCAGGCCACCAGUGGUGCGAACACGGAGUCCUCGAUUCCUGGCACCCCACUGUCGCAGACGGCGUCCUCGCGUACAGCGUCUGCACCUUCGCGUACUGUGCGCCUCAGUGCCGACUCGCGCCCAUUUGUUCCCAGCACGCUCAAGAAGAAGCUUGACCUUACCGUUGAUGCUCUCGGCUCGCCUUCGCCUCCUUCCAAGGAGGGCACCGGAACGACUCCGUUGAGCGCACCGCCUGACUCGUCGCGCAACAUGUCUCGCUGCAGCAGUGUGGGCACUGCCCUCUCCGACAAUUCUGCCGCUGCUUAA